CGUUGCUUCGGAUACCAAUCAAUCAUCAAUUUUAUAUAAUUUACUAAUAUUGUGCUCUGUUCAAAAAUAAAAUAAGAAGAACAAAUUAAAAAAAAUCAACGACAGCUGUAUAUUUCUUGUGAUAGACAUCAAAUAGCGAGAAAACAUAGUGAUAGAACGUUUCAUAUUUAAUGCAAAUGGAUCCCUAGUCGACAUUAAAAUUUCGUGUUUAGUUUUCAAAAUCGAAAAUUGCACUGAAAUAACCGACGUUGUAACCAGAAACACUUGAUCUAAGGAGAAAGAAACCAAAUUUUUUUCACACAUUCUUCCUCACAACCGAACAACAUUUUUCAAACGUUUGAUCGAAAAGUAAAAAACAUUUACUAUUAUAGUAUGCACUUCCAAUUAAUCAAACGUAAUCCAAAAGAUGAAGCAGAGACACCGACGUUAAACAAAUUUUUACAAGAGUUUUUUGCCUUGAGCAUAAUCUAGACAUCGAAAAAAGUAUCAAAUAUUUGAAACGAUUCAUACAAAUUACAAAGCAAAAGAGUUUAGUGAAAAUAUUGCAAUUUGUAAUGAUUGACAGAACUUGAAAUUCGAUUAUAACAUACAACUUUUAACGUAUAAUAAUAUAAAUAAAUUGUGACCAUUCGCCAAUUUUUUUUUCUUGAGAAAUAGUUGGGAAUUUUUUCAUUUUUUAAAUCAAUUUAAAAGAAUUCGUCUGACAAUGUCUUCGGUGCCAGAAAAUUCUUCAGUUCCACUGGAUGUGGUCAAUAAACGAAAAGUAUCAUUUACACGUAGCGAUUCGUUUGAUAAAUUCCUAUACACUGCAAUCUACACGCUGCAAUACUUUCAAUUGGCGGGUACGCUAUUGUCACAAAAGUCUUUGCUCCAAUUUCUCGAUGAGCUACAGUAUAAAUCGCGUGUAAUCUUCGAAAAAUAUGCGACGGACACAUUAUCGCCAAGAUUCAAAAAGAUGUACGCAGUGAUAUUAGUCUGUAUUGUUGCAUUCAUUCGAUAUAGUAAAUUCAAUGGUAUAUUUGAGACACCGAAAAAGGUUGCAUCGAAUACCGGCACUGAAACGGAUAAUACCUAUGUGGUUCGAGUACAAAAGCAAAAUGAGGCUGUGUCAUCGAAAGACGUCACCAAAUUGAAUGAUUUAACCGAAGAGAAACGAUUUAAAUGUUGCACCGAUUUCGAUCCAAUUCAUUCACGUAGCACUUCCCCGCUCAAAUCAUGGCGAUCAACUGACUCGGAAAUAUUCCGACAAAAUAUCGGAAUGGUUGUGAUUGUAUAUGGUAGCGCAACAUUAGUCUACAUUCAAUUGAUGUUUUUGGCUGCAUUCCUACAAACAGCCACAACACCGCCACACUUAGUUUUGGUAUUCAGUUUGGCUUACAUUACAUACAUCGUAUUCAAGAUGGGUUUUGCAAAAACAAAGACCAAAGAUGAGUCGACAUCACCAAUUAAAAGUACGAAAUCCGCAUCGACUGCCGAAGAUACGGUGGGUGAACUUCCAAUUAAACGCAAUGGCCGAUUAAGCCGAUCAAGUACACAACGUUUUCUCUACUUCCACAACAAGACUUUGAGCAAAAUUAAAUUGCUCUAAUUAAGUCAUUUCAAACUACAUUAAAUUACAUCACACUUGGGUUACUAAAGCCACCAUUCAUCAUAUAUUAAUAUUGAAGCUUAUAUAAAUAUUUGCCAUUUUGCGAAUAUUGUUAAGUCCAGACUAAAAUACAUCACUGAACUAAUAUAGACACAUUUUUUUUAUAGGAAAAUAAGUACAAAACCAUUUCCUCAAUAACAAAUUGUCAAACACAAUAGACGCGACAUCACAUUUAGAUUAUCAAAAUUACAUUCAACAACUGUUGGCAUUCAAUUUUUAAAUAGAAUUAAUUUUAUUUUAAGAUUACAACCGAACAGAAGAAAUUACUCAUUUUAUACAUGCAUAUGUGACAGAUCAUGGAAUUUAACAAUGAUAGACAAUAUAAAUGUGGAACUGCAAGCAAUUGACUCCCAUUUUAUAGUUAAUAAAGAAAUCUGAAAAAUUUCAA